AUGUUUGAGAAACUCUCCAAAUAGUGAGUAUUGAAUUGUGAUCUUGAAAGACAAGGCGAAAGUUAUUUUGAAACUGCCAUGGCUGUUAAGACUAGCUCCAUGCUUGAUCAACCAGCUCCGGAGUAGGUUUGCCAGCUAGCUUGUGCAGAGGGUUGAAAACCUCCAGUCCAUAUCCAGUCUCUUUGGUGCUAUGCUCAUGAUGACAGUCUUUAACCGGCCUAGUUAUGCUUCUCAACAAACUGGCUAAUACGGUGUCUGUGUAGAUGGCAUGUGAUUUGGAAUGGGACGUUGUCUGUGUAGAUGGCAUGUGAUUUGGAAUGGGACGUUGUCUGUGUAGAUGGUAUGUGAUUUGGAAUGGGACGUUGUCUGUGUAGAUGGCAUGUGAUUUGGAAUGGGACGGUGUCUGUGUAGAUGGCAUGUGAUUUGGAAUGGGACGGUGUCUGUGUAGAUGGCAUGUGAUUUGGAAUGGGACGUUGUCUGUGUAGAUGGCAUGUGAUUUGGAAUGGGACGUUGUCUGUGUAGAUGGUAUGUGAUUUGGAAUGGGACGUUGUCUGUGUAGAUGGCAUGUGAUUUGGAAUGGGACGGUGUCUGUGUAGAUGGAAUGGGACGUUGUCUGUGUAGAUGGCAUGUGAUUUGGAAUGGGACGUUGUCUGUGUAGAUGGUAUGUGAUUUGGAAUGGGACGGUGUCUGUGUAGAUGGCAUGUGAUUUGGAAUGGGACGUUGUCUGUGUAGAUGGCAUGUGAUUUGGAAUGGGACGUUGUCUGUGUAGAUGGAAUGUGAUUUGGAAUGGGACGUUGUCUGUGUAGAUGGAAUGUGAUUUGGAAUGGGACGUUGUCUGUGUAGAUGGUAUGGGACGGUGUCUGUGUAGAUGGCAUGUGAUUUGGAAUGGGACGUUGUCUGUGUAGAUGGUAUGGGACGUUGUCUGUGUAGAUGGAAUGGGACGGUGUCUGUGUAGAUGGAAUGGGACGUUGUCUGUGUAGAUGGCAUGUGAUUUGGAAUGGGGACGUUGUCUGUGUAGAUGGUAUGUGAUUUGGAAUGGGACGUUGUCUGUGUAGAUGGCCUGUGAUUUGGAAUGGGACGGUGUCUGUGUAGAUGGCAUGUGAUUUGGAAUGGGACGUUGUCUGUGUAGAUGGAAUGGGACGUUGUCUGUGUAGAUGGAAUGGGACGUUGUCUGUGUAGAUGGUAUGGGACGUUGUCUGUGUAGAUGGUAUGGGACGUUGUCUGUGUAGAUGGAAUGGGACGUUGUCUGUGUAGAUGGCCUGUGAUUUGGAAUGGGACGUUGUCUGUGUAGAUGGCCUGUGAUUUGGAAUGGGACGGUGUCUGUGUAGAUGGCAUGUGAUUUGGAAUGGGACGUUGUCUGUGUAGAUGGAAUGGGACGUUGUCUGUGUAGAUGGCAUGUGAUUUGGAAUGGGACGUUGUCUGUGUAGAUGGCAUGUGAUUUGGAAUGGGACGUUGUCUGUGUAGAUGGCAUGUGAUUUGGAAUGGGACGUUGUCUGUGUAGAUGGAAUGUGAUUUGGAAUGGGACGUUGUCUGUUUAGAUGGCAUGUGAUUUGGAAUGGGACGUUGUCUGUGUAGAUGGUAUGUGAUUUGGAAUGGGACGUUGUCUGUGUAGAUGGCAUGUGAUUUGGAAUGGGACGUUGUCUGUGUAGAUGGCAUGUGAUUUGGAAUGGGACGGUGUCUGUGUAGAUGGCAUGUGAUUUGGAAUGGGACGGUGUCUGUGUAGAUGGCAUGGGACGUUGUCUGUGUAGAUGGAAUGGGACGUUGUCUGUGUAGAUGGCAUGUGAUUUGGAAUGGGACGGUGUCUGUGUAGAUGGCAUGGGACGUUGUCUGUGUAGAUGGAAUGGGACGUUGUCUGUGUAGAUGGCAUGUGAUUUGGAAUGGGACGGUGUCUGUGUAGAUGGCAUGUGAUUUGGAAUGGGACGGUGUCUGUGUAGAUGGCAUGUGAUUUGGAAUGGGACGUUGUCUGUGUAGAUGGCAUGUGAUUUGGAAUGGGACGUUGUCUGUGUAGAUGGCAUGUGAUUUGGAAUGGGACGGUGUCUGUGUAGAUGGAAUGGGACGUUGUCUGUGUAGAUGGCAUGUGAUUUGGAAUGGGACGUUGUCUGUGUAGAUGGCAUGUGAUUUGGAAUGGGGACGUUGUCUGUGUAGAUGGCAUGUGAUUUGGAAUGGGGACGUUGUCUGUGUAGAUGGCAUGUGAUUUGGAAUGGGACGUUGUCUGUGUAGAUGGCAUGUGAUUUGGAAUGGGGACGUUGUCUGUGUAGAUGGCAUGUGAUUUGGAAUGGGACGGUGUCUGUAUAGAUGGAAUGGGACGUUGUCUGUGUAGAUGGAAUGGGACGUUGUCUGUGUAGAUGGCAUGUGAUUUGGAAUGGGACGGUGUCUGUGUAGAUGGCAUGUGAUUUGGAAUGGGACGUUGUCUGUGUAGAUGGCAUGUGAUUUGGAAUGGGACGUUGUCUGUGUAGAUGGCAUGUGAUUUGGAAUGGGACGGUGUCUGUGUAGAUGGCAUGUGAUUUGGAAUGGGACGGUGUCUGUGUAGAUGGCAUGUGAUUUGGAAUGGGACGGUGUCUGUGUAGAUGGCAUGUGAUUUGGAAUGGGACGUUGUCUGUGUAGAUGGCAUGUGAUUUGGAAUGGGGACGUUGUCUGUGUAGAUGGCAUGUGAUUUGGAAUGGGACGGUGUCUGUGUAGAUGGCAUGUGAUUUGGAAUGGGACGGUGUCUGUGUAGAUGGCAUGUGAUUUGGAAUGGGACGUUGUCUGUGUAGAUGGCAUGUGAUUUGGAAUGGGACGGUGUCUGUGUAGAUGGAAUGGGACGUUGUCUGUGUAGAUGGCAUGUGAUUUGGAAUGGGACGGUGUCUGUGUAGAUGGAAUGGGACGUUGUCUGUGUAGAUGGCAUGUGAUUUGGAAUGGGGACGUUGUCUGUGUAGAUGGCAUGUGAUUUGGAAUGGGACGUUGUCUGUGUAGAUGGCAUGUGAUUUGGAAUGGGACGUUGUCUGUAUAGAUGGAAUGGGACGUUGUCUGUGUAGAUGGCAUGUGAUUUGGAAUGGGACGUUGUCUGUGUAGAUGGCAUGUGAUUUGGAAUGGGACGUUGUCUGUUUAGAUGGCAUGUGAUUUGGAAUGGGACGGUGUCUGUGUAGAUGGCAUGUGAUUUGGAAUGGGACGUUGUCUGUGUAGAUGGUAUGUGAUUUGGAAUGGGACGUUGUCUGUGUAGAUGGAAUGGGACGUUGUCUGUGUAGAUGGUAUGUGAUUUGGAAUGGGACGAUAUUCUCUGAAUCUACAAUGACGGUGUGUGACACCUUCCCCUUUUCUGUCCACAGCAUUGGUGAGAACAUCAAACUCCUUGUGGAUAGACCUGAUGGGACAUAUUGCUUCAGACUUCACAAUGACCGUGUGUAUUACAUCAGGUAAACAAUGCUUUAGUUAUUGUUAGGAUUUUCUAUGGAUAUUAUAAAGCUGGCUACUUCAUGAUCGUCUCUUUGUAAACAUGUGAUAUAGAUGCCGAUGAAAAUGGGUAGCUAAGAUAUUAUCUUGUUUCCACUUUUUUUUGUAUCAGUGAGAGAAUUCUGAAGUUGGCGACCAACAUCUCCCGUGAUAAGUUGGUGUCGGUGGGUACCUGCUUUGGGAAGUUCACCAAGACCAUUAAGUUCCGCCUGCACAUCACAGCGCUGGACUUCCUGGCACCGUAUGCCAAGGUAAACAACAAGCAUGGAGCUCUGACAUGUCAGUGUGUAUAAUGAUAACCAGAGGUCAUGUUAGAAGUGGAGAUGUUGUUAAAUGGCACUGACGACAGCCAGUUGAGGACUAGAGGUUUAAAGUUCGAUAAUCAUAUUUGUGUAGGCUUUAAAAUGAACAUCAAAUCCUCUGUAGCUCAAUUGGUAGAGCACGGCGCUAGUAACGCCAGGGUAGUGGGUUCGAUCCCCGGGACCACCCAUACGUAAAAAUGUAUGCACACAUGACUGUAAGUCGCUUUGGAUAAAAGCGUCUGCUAAAUGGCAUAUUAUAUUAUUAUAAAACCAAUAUCUCUCUGAAAACCUACAGGAUGUCAGUUAAGACGUUGGUAGUACUGUAAUAAGACUAUUCUCUGAGUAACUGAACCCUCUGUGUGUUCAGUUCAAGGUGUGGGUGAAGCCUGGGCAGGAGCAGUCCUUCCUCUAUGGGAACCACGUGUUGAAGUCUGGUCUGGGGAGGAUCACAGAGAACACUAAUAACACUAUUCUCUGAGUAACUGAACCCUCUGUGUGUUCAGUUCAAGGUGUGGGUGAAGCCUGGGCAGGAGCAGUCCUUCCUCUAUGGGAACCACGUGUUGAAGUCUGGUCUGGGGAGGAUCACAGAGAACACUAACCAGUACCAGGGAGUGGUGGUCUAUUCCAUGGCAGACGUACCACUGGUGAGUUGGCCCUCCCUGCACAUACUGUACAUUCAUUAUCCAAUAAAUUCACAUCAACAUAUAGGGCAGGUUUCCUCAGACAGAGGUUAACUAGUCAGACUAAAAAAGCGUUUUCAAAUGCUUUUUGGUCCAGGACUAGGCUUAAUCUGUAUGGUAAACCGGCCCAGACUGGACUAGGCUUAAUCUGUAUGGUAAACCGGCCCAGACUGGACUAGGCUUAAUCUGUAUGGUAAACCGGCCCAGACUGGACUAGGCUUAAUCUGUAUGGUAAACCGGCCCAGACUGGACUAGGCUUAAUCUGUAUGGUAAACCGGCCCAGACUGGACUAGGCUUAAUCUGUAUGGUAAACCGGCCCAGAUUGGACUAGGCUUAAUCUGUAUGGUAAACCGGCCCAGAUUGGACUAGGCUUAAUCUGUAUGGUAAACCGGCCCAGAUUGGACUAGGCUUAAUCUGUAUGGUAAACCGGCCCAGAUUGGUCUAGGCUUAAUCUGUAUGGUAAACCGGCCCAGACUGGACUAGGCUUAAUCUGUAUGGUAAACCGGCCCAGAUUGGACUAGGCUUAAUCUGUAUGGUAAACCGGCCCAGAUUGGACUAGGCUUAAUCUGUAUGGUAAACCGGCCCAGAUUGGACUAGGCUUAAUCUGUAUGGUAAACCGGCCCAGAUUGGACUAGGCUUAAUCUGUAUGGUAAACCGGCCCAGACUGGACUAGGCUUAAUCUGUAUGGUAAACCGGCCCAGAUUGGACUAGGCUUAAUCUGUAUGGUAAACCGGCCCAGACUGGACUAGGCUUAAUCUGUAUGGUAAACCGGCCCAGACUGGACUAGGCUUAAUCUGUAUGGUAAACCGGCCCAGACUGGACUAGGCUUAAUCUGUAUGGUAAACCGGCCCAGACUGGACUAGGCUUAAUCUGUAUGGUAAACCGGCCCAGACUGGACUAGGCUUAAUCUGUAUGGUAAACCGGCCCAGACUGGACUAGGCUUAAUCUGUAUGGUAAACCAGCCCAGAUUGGACUAGGCUUAAUCUGUAUGGUAAACCGCCCCAGACUGGACUAGGGUUAAUCUGUAUGGUAAACCGGCCCAGACUGGACUAGGCUUAAUCUGUAUGGUAAACCGGCCCAGACUGGACUAGGCUUAAUCUGUAUGGUAAACCGGCCCAGAUUGCCAGUUUUACACCGCAUCUCUUUUGGAUAGUGAUCAUUUGACGGUUGGUUGCUCCUUCAUUUGACGGUUGGUUGCUCCUUCAUUUGACGGUUGGUUGCUCCUUCAUACAAGCUUGUUGAAGACGUUGCAAACAAGCUAUGUGGAGCUAAUAUCUAAGUCAUCAACAAUCUUAACGUCUACUAAUUUGUGGGUUUUUGUUUGUCCACCCGCCUCUUGAGGAUUGACCACAAGUUCUCAAUGGGAUUAAGGUCUGGGGAGUUUCCUGGCCAUGGACCCAAAAUGUCGAUGUUUUGUUCCCCGAGCCACUUAGUUAUCACUUUUGCCUUAUGGCAAGGUGCUCCAUCAUGCUGGAAAAGGCAUUGUUCGUCACCAAACUGUUCUUGGAUGGUUGGGAGAAGUUGCUCUCGGAGGAUGUGUUGGUACCAUUCUUUAUUCAUGGCUGUGUUCUUAGGCAAAAUUUUGAGUGAGCCCACUCCCUUGGCUGAGAAGCAACCCCACACAUUAAUGGUCUCAGGAUGCUUUACUGUUGGCAUGACACAGGACUGAUGGUAGCGCUCACCUUGUCUUCUCCGGACAAGGUGUUUUCCGGAUGCCCCAAACAAUCGGAAAGGGGAUUCAUCAGAGAAAAUGACUUUACCCCAGUCCUCAGCAGUCCAAUCCCUGUACCUUUUGCAGAAUAUCAGUCUGUCCCUGAUGUUUUUCCCGGAGAUAAGUGUCUUCUUUGCUGCCCUUCUUGACACCAAGCCAUCCUCCAAAAGUAUUCGCCUCACUGUGCAUGCAGAUGCACUCACACCUGCCUGCUGCCAUUCCUGAGCAAGCUCUGCACUGGUGGUGCCCCAAUCCCGCAGCUGAAUCAACUUAAGGAGACGGUCCUGGCGCUUGCUGGACUUUCUUGGGCGCCCUGACGCCUUCUUCACAACAAUUGAACCUCUCUCCUUGAAGUUCUUGAUGAUCGGAUAAAUGGUUGAUUUAGGUGCAAUCUUACUAGCAGCAAUAUCCUUGCCUGUGAAGCCCUUUUUGUGCAAAGCGAUGAUGACGGCACGUGUUUCCUUGCAGGUAAGCAUGGUUAACAGAGGAAGAACAUUGAUUUCAAGCACCACCCUCCUUUUAAAGCUUCCAGUCUGUUAUUCUAACUCAAUCAGCGUGACAGAGUGAUCUCCAGCCUUGUCCUCGUCAACACUCUCACCUGUGUUAAUGAGAGAAUCAGUGACAUGAUGGCAGCUGGUCCUUUUGUGGCAGGGCUGAAAUGCAGUGGAAAUGUUUUUUGAGGGAUUAAGUUCAUUUUCAUGGCAAAGAGGGACUUUGCAAUUCAUCUGAUCACUUUUCAUGACAUUCUGGAGUAUAUGCAAAUUGCCAUCAUCAAAACUGAGGCAGCGGACUUUUGUGAAAAUUAGUAUUUGUGUCAUUCUCAAAACUUUUGACCACGACUGUAGGUAACCAUUAGAGAAUUAUAUUUGACAGUCAUGUGCAGGUUUGACUCAACUGAACGUGCCCCUCUGUCUUCCACAGGGUUUCGGAGUGGCAGCCAAGUCGACCCAGGAGUGCAGGAGAGUGGACCCCUUGUCCAUCGUUGUGUUCCACCAGGCGGACAUUGGAGAGUUCAUCAGGUCUGAGGACACGCUCACAUAG